GUUUCGUCAACUCGUCCGGAACGAUAUUUGCUUACCUGUCAGGGUGAGUUGCUUGAACCUGGAUAUUAUGUGGAGGUCAAUGUACUCGUACUGCCAUUCGACUACCAGCAAUCGGAGGAACCCGAUGAUGAGAUAAUUAUUCGAUGUAUUGCUCAAUUGGAGAACCAGAAAUCGGCUCGAGCGUGGAAUUAUGCCGAUCCGGAUGAUAUUGUGGUUUACAAAUUGAAAUGCAUUCCGUGGAUACCUGAUGAACUCCUUAUACAUCCGAGAGGUGAACUGUUAUUUGAAGGUCCGUUUGAUAAACUCGUAGCGUCUAAAAUUCAUUUGACCAACCCAUCGAAUGAUCGAAUGUACUUCCAUGUUCAAGCCCCUUCUCGUGAUAUCUGGGUCCUCCCGGAUUCCGGCAUACUUGAUCAAAAGGAGACGAAAGUGAUUAGGGUCCACUGUAAACCGCUAGACUUAAGUACUACCGAUCUGUCACGCUACCACAUCAUUAUCAAGUCUACAGUACUCAAGGAAAAGCAGACAAAGCCUAUUGAGGAUGUGCUAUGCUCAGUUAAGAAGGUGGACUGCAUGCUCAAGUGCAUAUUCAAAUCGCCUGGAAUGCUCACGUCAGCUCAGUCAGAUUCCGGCUCACAUUGCAAGGAUGCCUCACUAGAGAUGCUACUAGCUGAGCUGUUGAGGCUGCGCGAGGAGGUCAAAUUACUCAAGGCACAAGUGCCCAAUCGGAGUCCCACGCAACCACUUCGCUAGAAACGGCAUACAGACCACCACCAGAGGCCGUGCAUCCACCCCCCCACUCCCAACCUGUGUUUGUCAAUCGGCGUAUAUCUCAUAACUGCCCUCUCUGGUUUUUGUUUUUGACAACAUAUGGAAUAAACUACUAAACGACGG